AUGUCGGACGCCCUGCCCGUAGACGACGCGCCCGACCCUUGCGGCGCCGUCUCGACCGGUCGGCUCGGCCUGCGCAUCGGGUCCAUCUUUGCCAUCCUCGUCACGUCGCUCGCCGGGACGCUGUUCCCGAUCCUCGCCAAGCGCGUCAAGGCCCUCGAGCGCACUGUGCCCGGGUUCGUGUUUGACUUUGCCAAGUUCUUCGGCUCGGGCGUCAUCCUCGCCACCGGCUUCAUCCACCUCCUGCAACCCGCCACCGAGGCCCUCGGCGCGUCCUACACGCUCUCGGCCGGCGGCUGCAUCUCGGACGCGUGGGCCGACUACCCGUACGCGUUCGCGCUGUGCCUCGUCAGCCUGUACGCGACGUUCGUCAGCCAGAUGGUUUUCCUGAGGAUGGGGAGCGAGAGGGUUGGGAGGGCGCUCGAGGCCAACGCGUCGAGCGCCGACCCGGAGAAGGCGCACGGACCGGCCGUCCCGGCGCCAUCGGCUGUCGGACGCGAGUCGACGACGACGGCGGCGACCCAGGGCCUGGCCGACCCGCUCGAGGAUAACCCGGUCGUGGCGCAGCUCAUGAGCGCAAUUACGCUAGAGUUUGGCGUCGUGCUUCACUCGGUCAUCAUUGGACUUACGCUCUCGGGCACGAGCGACGAGGGUCUCGGCACGCUCGUCAUCGUCAUCGUCUUCCACCAGAUGUUCGAAGGCCUCGGCCUCGGGACCCGCCUCGCCCUGCUCGACGUGAGCGACACGUACGCCUGGCUGCCCUGGGUCGGCGCGCUCGUGUUUUCGCUGUGCACGCCUCUCGGGACCGCGAUUGGGCUCGGGGUGCGCGAGGGCGUCAGCAUGUCGAACGGGACGGGCUCGGUCGCGGCUGGCAUCCUCGACGCUAUCUCGAGCGGCAUCCUCCUGUAUAUGGCGACGGUCGAGCUCAUCGCACACGAGAUCGUCCUCAACCCCUACUACCACACAUGCUCCUGGACCCGCCUGUGGUUCUGCCUCGGGUCGUUCGCGUUCGGCGCGGGCAUCAUGGCGCUCCUCGGCAAGUGGACGUGAGGCAGCGUGGGCGAGCGGGGAGCGUGGCGAGAGGAGGGGAGGGGAGGGGAGAGGAGGCGCGCUCGAUGCCGUAGACGUGCAGUCCAUCACUGAGGAGCU